GAAUCUUGUUCUUGUCAAUGACCCCUAUGUUCCAUUUUCAUCCUCUCUCCGUUCCUGUUUCCUUAUCAUGUCUAGAAUCUGUGAUUCCCUUUUGUCGUUUUACUACCCUUAAUUUCUUCACCUUCGUCAACACCCAUAUCCUUAAUUCAUCACCCUUAGCUGUCUCAUCACUAUAAAUCCAUUCAUCUGUCACACCCACAUUCACUCAUCUCACCACUCUUAAUUUCCACCCAUUUCUAUAUUCCCAAUUUCACCGAUCAACCAUGGUUGAAACCGGAGACCAAAAAACCGGAUACCAAGAAACCGGAUCACCAAACAAUUCAGUUUUCCGGUUCAACUCCCCGUUAAUCCAAGUAAUCCUAAUCGGGCUGGUCUGUUUCUGCUGCCCAGGUAUGUUCAACGCACUCUCCGGCAUGGGCGGCGGCGGACAACUCGACCACAACGUCGUAAACAACGCCAACACCGCCCUCUACACCACCUUCGCCAUCUUCGGCAUCCUCGGCGGCGGUAUCUACAACAUCAUCGGACCCCGUCUCACUCUUUUCUCCGGUUGCUCCACCUACAUCCUCUACGCCGGAUCUUUACUCUACUACAACCACCACAAAGAACAACCCUUUGUUGUCCUCGCCGGCGCCCUCCUUGGCGUGGGCGCCGGCCUCCUCUGGGCCGGCCAGGGUGCUAUCAUGACGUCGUACCCGCCGGCCCAGCGGAAAGGGACAUAUAUAUCUUUGUUUUGGUCUAUUUUUAAUAUGGGUGGUGUUAUUGGUGGUUUGAUACCCUUUGUUAUGAAUUAUCAUAGGGAAAAAGCAGCGAAUGUUAACGACGGGACGUACGUCGGGUUUAUGGUGUUUAUGUCGAUUGGGACGUUACUUUCGUUAACGAUUUUGCACCCCAGCAAAGUCAUCCGUAACGACGGUACUCGUUGCACUAAUGUGAAAUACUCUAACGUGGGUACGGAAACGGUUGAGAUUGCUAAACUAUUUGCCAACUGGAAGAUGUUAUUGAUAUUUCCUGCAGCAUGGGGGAGUAAUUUUUUUUACACAUAUCAGUUUAAUAAUGUGAAUGGGGCUUUGUUUAACUUGAGAACUAGAGGGUUGAAUAAUGUGUUUUAUUGGGGGGCUCAGAUGUUUGGGUCGGUUUUGAUCGGGCAUGUUAUGGAUUUUAGUUUUAAGAGGAGGAAGACGAGGGGGUUGGCUGGGAUUUCGGUUGUGGCGGUUCUUGGGACGGGGAUUUGGAUUGGGGGGCUUUUAAAGCAAAGGGAUUAUGAUUAUGAUGACGUUAUAGUGAAGAAGAGUAUUAAGCUUCUUGAUUUUAAGGACUCUGGGAGUGCCUAUGCAGGGCCGUUUGUGCUUUAUUUUAGUUAUGGGUUGUUGGAUGCAAUGUUUCAGAGUAUGGUUUAUUGGGUUAUUGGUGCUUUGGCUGAUGAUUCUGUUAUUCUUAGCAGAUAUGUUGGAUUCUACAAGGGAGUACAAAGUGCUGGAGCGGCAGUAGCAUGGCAAAUUGACACACAUAAAGUGCCAUACAUGAAUCAGUUGCUUGUGAAUUGGGCACUAACCACCAUAAGUUAUCCUUUAUUGGCUCUUUUGGUCAUAAAAUUUGUAAAAGAUGAAGAUAAAGUUGGUGAAGAUGAUGAGCUACAGACCCCUUCUGGGUACCCGAAACAGUCUAAUGAUGAAUCUGUAAACCCAAUUUAAAAAAAAAAAAAAAAAAGAUGAUGAAAACUGUUUAGUUUCUUUUUUGAUUUUGAAGUUGUAAAUGUUGUGUAUGCAGCAUUGGUGUUUGAAGUGUAGAUUGUAUUGGCCUAUUUGGGAAGCCAGUUAUAUAUGUUUCUUGAAUUUCAUUCAUGUUUCUGUGA